GUCCACGGAAUUUCACCUUCCCCUGCUGGGUUCUUCCUAUGGAUAUGACAAAGUUCCAGGUGGGACUGUGUCUUAUUGCCACAAUGUAUUAUAAUUAUACCUAUAAACUGGUGUGUCAUCCUCCUUUAACAACUAUGUAUGUUGCGUCUUCCUUAACCACAGUGUUCUGAAUACUUAACACUUUCGCAACAAAACACCUUGGGAAUGUUAUGAAACAGCAAAGUAUCUCUCUUUUGGUUUUUGUCUCUAUGUACCACACUCACCAACCUCACUCAUUUCAAGCAAGUGAUUAACUUUUGUGAAAGUUUUAGCGAAAGUUUUAGUUUAGUUUAGUUAGCUGCAGUACCCUACUUAUGUCCCACCAACGUUGAGGUUCCACUGCAUAUAAGAGAGCAUACAUAUUAUAUUUGCCCAUGUGCAUGGUCACAUGACUAUCACCGGUUUUCAGUCUAUUCUCAUGUGACCGUCACAUGUGGUCGUCAUCAUGCAGGAGAAGGUACUAUCAGACCCACGACCGUACAUUCUGAAGCCAAACGACAAAGGAGAGGGUAAUGGGAUAUUUGUGGCCGAGACCCUCCAACAGCUGGACGAGCACGAUUUGGCUGGACACGUGGCCCAACCACUGCUCACUGACCCGUAUCUAAUCCAGGGCAAGAAGUUUGAUUUCAGGACAUAUGUGUUGGUGACGUCAGUAGCACCUCUGAGGGCCUAUUUCUACCACGAAGGACUGGUGAGGUUUGCCUCCUCUGCCUACAACAGUUCAGAGGCCAACAGAGGAAGAGAGUCACAGGUCCUCACCAACACCUCAGUUGGCAAGAAAUACACUCACAUCUCCAAUCUCACAUGGACAUUCAAACGUCUCAGUGAUCAUCUCUCAUCCAGCGGAGUGGACUCUGAUCGUCUCUUCACCUCUAUCCACGAUGUCAUUGUCAGAACUCUCCUCUCAGCAGAGUACCGUCUUCUGAAAAACUUUCACGCGUCACUGGGAGGGUAUACCUGUCGCCAGUGCUACCAUCUGCUGGGAGUUGACGUGAUCCUCGACUCACAACUCAACCCUUACGUCAUUGAGGUGAACGGCCUGCCUUCGAUGCAGCUGUCCAACGACCUCGGAGUUCCUCCAGACCCCACCAGUCCCUACACGGCCACGAAACUCGGCCUUCUCCACGACACCCUACAGAUCCUGUUCAACUCGUCGGUGUCGGUCACGGAACCCGUCCGACGAGACCUCGAGGCUCUCCGCGUCGGUCUCGCCCCCGGCCCCCUCUGCCGACGGGAGGACCACGUCCUCUGCGUCGACCUUCGCGACCUCCAGGACAUCGUGCAGUCUCGGCGGGAGUACAUUCACCGUGGUAACUAUCGGAGGAUCUAUCCGUCCCCCGACGGCCAGAAAUACUCGGAGCUAAUCAGACACCUCCACCAUCUUGUUGGGAGAAAGUUCCGUGCGGGUGGGGUUGCACCACCAAGAACUAACUGGGAGAGACAUCACCUUUACCUAGCCCUCGAGAGAAUGUGGAGCCUCUGAUACUAUAUACACGCCUUUUUUAAUUUUUCAAACUCGGUUUAACAGACGCGGGUUUUUAAUUCUGACGUGCAAGUUUUAAAUCAUCACUUUUUCAUAAUUAUUUAUACCAUCACUUUUUCCAUCUACGAACUGAACUGGUGUUCUACGUAUCUGCAGCAUUCAAUCUUGGCCUUUUAAAAUUUCAUAAAUUUGAUCAUAAUCACAGGGAGCACAAUGCUAUUAACAACAGUUCACAUAACAAAAAUGUUUUUAAUUAUCGCUAUAUAUGCAUGAUCAAGUGAAAUGUGCAUGUCUAUUAACAAAACGGCAAAAUUAAAGUAUGUGUAAUUAAACAACAAAAACGAAGUGCUUGAGGCAAAGACAAGAGACGCGUGGUUGUAAAUUACAGACAUAAGUGGAGUGAUAUGGAGUACAGCUAGUGAUGAUCGUGUGGCAGCAAAGUG